UCCAAAAUGCUGUCGACCGUUUUGUCAACGUAUUUUUUACUUUGUGCUUUUCAAACACUUUCAGAAUGUGCCAAUAUUUUAGGAAUUUUUCCAAUACCAAGCAGAAGUCAUGCUAUCUUGGGUCAUAAACUUUUGAGAGGAUUUGCCGAACACGGACAUAAUGUUACAAUGUUGACUUUCUUUCCAGAGAGUAAACCUCAUGAAAAUUUUAAAACAAUUCUCAUGGACAUAGAAAAACCUCGCCACGUCUACGAAUCCAAUAUUAUUAAGAAACCUUGGUUUACAAUGAAAGUAAUUCAAAUGUUUGGUACAUUGGGCAAAAUUAGCGAAGUUGUGUAUGAAGACAAACAAGUACAGAAACUGAUCAAUUCAAAUAACUCAUUUGAUGCUGUUAUCUACUUUCAAUGUACAGCGGAUUCUUUGCUGGGAUUUUCACACAAAUUUAACGCAAGUUCCAUCAUGUUCAGUGUAUUGGGUUCUUCACAGAUGUCAUCGUAUUCAUUUGGGCAUUCGCUCCCAAGUGCUUACGUGCCGAAUGUGUGGUUGGGUUACAACGAUGAAAUGACACUCUGGCAACGUUUCCAUAAUUGGAUCAGUAAUAUAGUUGGUGACUUGUAUCUUAAUACAUAUCAUACACAUCAACAACGUAGAUUACUCAGAGAAAACUUUCCGCAAUCACCAUCUUUGGAUGAACUACGUGAGAAUGUUGAAUUGGAACUUGUGAAUUCACAUAUUGCUAUUGAUACGAUAAGACCUACGCAUCAGAAUAUGAUUGACAUCGGCGGUUAUUACAUGGGAAAUCGUGAAUAUAUUUCAGAAGAUAUUAAAGAACUUUUGGAUCAAUCUAAAAAUGGUGUAAUUCUAUUAAGUUUUGGAACAAAUUUAAAUAGGUCCAAUAUGAGUCCCCAACUGAUCAACGCUUUUUUGGAUUAUUUUAAAAGAUCCAAAUAUGAUGUUCUCUGGAAAUUUGACGUAAACUUUGUUAAUAACACUAAAAAUAUGAAAAUUGUUAAUUGGUUACCACAAAGAGAAGUAUUAUCACAUUCUAGCGUAAAACUAUUUAUAACACAUGGAGGCAAAGGUAGUAUCAAUGAAGCAGUCUAUCAUGGGGUACCAAUGAUUGUGUUGCCGUUUUAUGCUGACCAACAUGCAAACGCUGAAUAUUGUGUGAAAAAUAGAAUAGGAAUUAAACUGGAUGUUGCAUACGUAAAUAGUGAUAUUCUUGAAAAUGCUAUUCAGAGAAUUGAACAAGAACCACAUUUUAAAAAUAAUAUACAAGUACGUUCAAAUUUAUUUAAGAAUCAAGAAAUUAAUCCAAUGAAAAAGGCUAUUUUCUGGACAGAAGCUAUUUAA